CGUUUCUCUGCUGGACAUGUCAACGAUAUUUGGAUCAACUGUUCAGCCUGCUACGGUUUCUUUAUUUUCUUCCACCGGAUCCCAGCCUUUAUAUCUGUUCGAAUCAGCGCAGGACGACUCCCUACCCACGGAAUCCUUUAUUCAUCUUCUCAACGAUACAUCCUCCGAACCAAUACCAGAGUCUCCUCGUAAACUAAUCUCCCCACCCUCUAUUGAAUCGGAUGUUUGUGAUGGUAAUGGAUAUUCGCUAUGCCAGACGGUGCUCCAUAUACAAUCUCCCACUCUCCAAGCGACGUACAUCAAAUCCAAAGGAGAUCUGGGCCUAAACCACCCUUGGUUUAAUCUCCAGGUGCGCACCCUAGGCCGCGAAUGGAGUUUCGAAAUUGGGAUUGUAGACCGGAUGAAGAGAGUCGGUGUCAUAAGGCUGUCAACCUUCCAGAAGUCAGCGCGACUCAAACUUCCAGUACGAGGCAAACCAGCGCUUCUUCACCUGCCAUUGCCAUUUCCGAUGGCCUCUGAGUCUUCGCACCUUCUGACAGCUUGGUCAACUGUCACACUCAAUCUUCCUUCCCUGAUGCCCCAUUUCUCCGACCUGUCAUUGCUUGAAGACAAUGGCGAUGCGCGCCGCUCACUCAACACAGUCGCUGGGGCAUUCUCUCACAUCUCGUAUGUGAAGAUAUACUCUACAUGUCGACUGAGGCGGAUCUGGUUCAGCCAAGAGGGACCCGGGGCGGAGCUUCCAUGGGAGUUUCAGCUGUACUCAGAUGCGUAAAGAAUGGAGCCGUGAUCUACAGUUGCACCUGCAGCGUGCACAUCCUCGUUCUAUCAAUCGGGGCAAGUGCCUAUCUCUAUCGGAUUUCAUUGAUGCGCCAUCUUCAUGGGUCAGGCAUAAUACACUCAAUCUCCCAAUCUCAUUCUGCCACCUCCCGAACGCGGAUCAACGUAACGUUACUACUCUGCCAAUUCCGGCGAAUGCGUAAAAUGCGGUCAUGCUUUAUUAUGAGGAGUAAAAUGAAAUCUGUUCUACGUGUACAUUCCAUAAAUUGCCUGAUUAUACUA